AUGACUAAUAAACAAAAAGACUAUUGGACAAGUUUUAUCUCAGGUAGUGAUUCUAAUUUAUUAAAAAGGUGGUUGUGCAGGAGUUUGUGCUAAAACUGUCAUUUCUCCAUUAGAAAGAAUCAAAUUACUAUAUUUGGUAUUUAUGUAUUAUCAUAUUGAACAUAGACUAGAUCCACUCAAUUUACUUAUAAAGCAGCUAUUUAAGAUGCUAUAUAUGUAUAUUAACACCAUGGUUUUAUAAAUUUCUGGAGGGGUAAUCAGGCGAAUGUAUUAAGAAUAUUUCCUCAAUCAGCCAUUGUAAAUAAAAUUGAUAAUGAAUAGAAUUUUUCAACGUUUGAUUAUUUGAGAAGUAAAUUUGCACCAGAUAGAGAUGAUAAAACGAUACUAAGAAAAAUUAGAUUAUUUUUAUGCGGAUUAGUUUCAGGAAUAGUAGCCUAGAGUAUAGCUUAUCCAUUUGAUUUUUUACGAACAAGAUUAGCUAUGUAGAGAGAUGCUUUUCUUUAUAAAAAUAUAUAUGAUGCAGCUUUAAAAAUAUAUAGAGUUGAAGGAUUCUUAUCAUUCUAUUCAGGAUUACCUAUAGGAAUGAUAGGAGUAGGGAUAUAUCAUGGAAGUGGGUUCUUUUCAUUUACAUUAAUGAAGGAAUAUUUACUUGAAUAAUAUCCAUGGAUUGCUAAACAUAAAAUCACAGACUUUGCAAUUGGAGCAAGUGGAGCCAUAAUUGCUUAAGUUUUAGCAUAUCCUUUUGAUAUUGUUAAGAAAAGAAUGUAAGGAUAAAACAUGUUACUACAACAAGGAGAGAUUUAAACAAUGACGUACUUUUUUAUUUUAUAAUAAUUUAAGAUCCACUUGGAUGCAGAUCAAAACCAUCUAUAAAGUUGAGGGAAUUAUUAAAGGAUUUUAUAAAGGAGUCUCACUUAAUUUUAUUAAAGCUCCUUUAUCAUCUGGAACUGCUUGGACAGUCAAAAACUCAGUUAACAGGCUACUUAAUAAAAAUUAUGAUUUCUGAC